AUGGGACCAGUCGCCAGGUUACUUGCUCUGCUAUGUUUGUGUUCGCAGGGCUUCUGUGUUCCAACUGAGACACCACAGCCGUUGCAGGUGCCUCUCACAGAUGAGAGAAGGUCACGAGGAGAUGUUCCUGACAUUAUUCCCAUGUCAGAACUGGAGCCCACCACCCCUGUGUCGGACUUUGAAACCUCAUACAACUACGUUUUGUCAAGACUGGCUGGGAUGGACCAGGCCAUCCACAAGCUUAAUGUGGGCCACUACACACUGGAUGUUAGGGUAGACCAGCUCAUGGAGCGUCUGUCUAAGAUGGAAGUCAAGGUCGUGGAGCUGGAGGACAAAAUCCGAGAAGUCUACCAGCACAGCAAAGACAACCGCAAAGAGACUGGAAGACUGGAAGGUUGCCAGAAGGGCCUGCGAGUGGGCUACAAAUGCUACCUGGUAUACAACAGCUACGAGGACUACGCGGGGGCAUCCAGGAAGUGCCAGGAGCGUGGCGGCCGCAUGGCCAUGCCGAGAGACCGUCGCGAGCAGGAGGCGCUGGCUGACUACGUCAAAUCCUUCUUCCGGCCAAACAACUGGCCAGUGUGGCUAGGCAUCAACGACCUGGCGGCCGAGGGCGUGUACAUCUUUGAUGACGGCACAGCUGUCUCCUACUUCCAGUGGCGCAGACAUUUCUUGUCCAGCCAGCCAGACGGAGGCAAGCGCGAGAACUGCGUGGCUAUGGCAUCAGAUGACGGCGAUUGGUGGGACCAGUACUGUGACAGAGCCAUGAACUACAUGUGCGAAUUUGAUGACAGGGUGGCGCUUUAG